AUGGGUAUCAAGCAACUCUACCAUGUCAUCGCCGAGGAGGCGCCUGAUGCCAUCAAGACUGGUGAGAUCAAGAACCACUUUGGUAGGAAAGUUGCAAUUGAUGCAUCCAUGAGCAUCUACAGCUUUCUGAUAGCAGUCCGUUCAGAUGGUCAACAGCUUAUGUCUGACACGGGCGAAACCACUUCUCAUCUCAUGGGCAUGUUCUACCGGACUCUGCGUAUGGUCGACAACGGCAUCAAACCACUCUAUGUCUUCGACGGCGCACCACCCAAGCUCAAAUCCGGUGAAUUGGCGAAGCGCUUUGCUCGCAAGAGCGAAGCCAGUGACCAGCAUGAGGAGGCAAAAGAGACUGGUACUGCUGAAGAGGUUGAGAAAUUCUCAAGGCGCACAGUCAGAGUUACGCGAGAACAUAACGAAGAGUGUCGGCGGCUCCUUCAGUUGAUGGGCAUUCCCUACAUUAUUGCCCCUACCGAGGCGGAGGCACAGUGUGCUGUUCUAGCGCGUGCUGGAAAGGUGUAUGCAGCCGCGUCUGAAGACAUGGACACAUUGACGUUCAACUCACCGAUCCUGCUGCGGCACCUUACAUUCAGCGAACAGCGGAAGGAACCCAUUCAGGAGAUACACCUCGAUAAGACCUUGGAGGGACUUGGGAUGGACAGGAAUCAGUUCAUCGACUUAUGCAUCCUGUUGGGCUGUGAUUAUCUGGAUCCAAUUCCCAAAGUUGGCCCCAACACUGCUUUGAAGCUGAUCCGAGAAUACGGUUCGUUGGAAAAGGUGGUUGAGUUCAUUGAGAAUGAUCCCAAGAAGAGAUAUACAAUUCCCGAAGACUGGCCAUACCAGGAGGCGAGAGAGCUGUUCCUCCACCCUGAUGUUCGAUCCGCAGAUGAUCCGGAAUGUGAUUUCAAGUGGGAAGCGCCUGAUGUCGAGGGCCUUGUUCAAUUCCUGGUUCAUGAAAAGGGUUUCAACGAGGACCGUGUCCGCAGUGCCGCUCAAAAGUUGCAGAGAAAUGUCAAAACCGCCCAACAGUCGCGACUGGAGGGAUUCUUCAAAACCCUCCCGAAGACGGAAGCAGAGAAGAAGAGCCUGAAGCGCAAGCACGACGAGAAAAUUGCCGAAGCCAAGAAGAAAAAGAAGGAAGAGGCCAAAACAAAGAAGGAAUCCAAGUCCAAGGCACAUCUGUCGACAUGA